AUGGGGGGGAUAGUUGCCCGCCUGGCCCACCAAAGACUGCAAGGGGGAGCAGAUGUGAGAGAUGGAGGGAAUAGGGAGAGGGAGGGAGAGGUGAAGGAGUGUGCGUGGAAGGGGGAGGCACGAGGAGGGGGUAAGCAGGAGCAAGAGAGGGGGCAACGCACCACUGCCCAUCAGAAGGGAAAGAGACAUAAUCCAGUGCAUACCAUUGUCACCAUUGCCACACCUCACAGGCAGUCGCCUCUCUCCUUCCUUGAUUCUUUCACACUCUCUUGUUACUUUACUCCGCCCCCCAUUCCUCCCCCCACCCACCCACCCUCCAUUUCCUCUCUUAUUUCCCCUUUGUCCUCCCCCUCUCCCCUUCCGCCCCCCAUUCCUCCCCCCACCCACCCCUCCAUUUCCUCUCUUAUUUCCCCUUUGUCCUCCCCCUCUCCCCCUUCCACCACCCUCCUCUUCCCCCUUCCCUCCAGUUCCACCACCCCUGCCUGCUCCCUCUCAUCCAUUUUUUCUUUCACGCUCUCUCGUUACUUCACGCCACCACUCACCCACUGUCCUUCCGCUCUUCAUCUUCUUCCAGGUCCGUUCAUGGGCGGCAGCAGUUCCACCAUCCCCAGCACAGCCGCCCUCGUGUGGCUCUCAGCAGGGCACGAGCAGGCCAUGUGGUGCAACCAGCCUGUGGCUCAGCACAACCUCUCACGUGUGGCUCUCAGCAGGGCACGAGCAGGCCGUGUGGUGCAACCAGCCCGUGGCUCAGCUCUCCCAUGCCCUUCUAAUACUGGUCAACCUGCACACAUCACUGCCCUUCUCAGCGCCACUUUUGAGGCACCUCAAAAAUCAGCUCUCCCAUCCCAUGCCCUUCUGAUACUGAUGUCCCAUGCUCUCCUAGCCCUGACAGAAGAACAAAAUCAGCAGCAGCAGCAGCAGCAGCAGCCGCAGAAGCAGCAGAAUCCGCAGAAGCAAGGGCAACGGAUUUAUGGGCACACAACAGUGCAGCUUAAUGCAGCCCCAUUCGUGCACAAAUGGGCUUCCCACGCCCACCAAUCAAUCUCCUUCCACAUCAACCUGCCUAUUGAAGCACUAUCACUCAACCCAGCAGGCAGCAGCAGCAGGGCCCUCGUUCUUCUAUCGAAUGUUCUUCCAUGCGAUGGCUUGAAUCUCACCCUCGUUAUAAGCACACAGCAGGGGGAUGCGGAGGAGAGGCAUGAAGAGGGUACCCUCGAUAGAAGAAAACAGGAGGAGAGGAGACAGGGAGAUGAUAAGAAGGGGAAAGGGGAGGAAGUGGGAGAGGGAGAGGAUGACGUGUCGUCCUAUGAUUUGACACGGUUGCUCGUGCCUCUGCCUCCACCACCCAGAAGCAAUUCCUUUUCUCUCCCAGUAUCACCGGCAUCACAGCAGGUCACAGGACAGGUCCCACAGCCGUCCCCUCUUGCUCUGCUCAUGCUGUCUCUGGAGAUAGCAGUUGGGGUUGGGGGUGGUGGUGGUGUGAGAAAGGCCACUUUGCGCGUGAAUAUCAACACCAACACCAAGAUGGGAGUCUUCCCUAACCCCAUCCCCUCUCCCCGAUUCCAUCCCCUCUCCCCAAUUCCAUCCCCUCUCCCCGAUUCCAUCCCAUCUCCCCGAUUCCAUCCCCUCUCCCCCAUUCCACCCCCUCUCCCCCAUUCCAUCCCCUCUCCCCAAUUCCAUCCCCUCUCCCUGAUCGCGUCCCCUCUCCCCGAUUCCAUCCCCUCUCCCCGAUUCCAUCCCCUCUCCCCUAUUCCAUCUCCUCUCCCCCUGAUUCCAUCCCCUCUCGCCAAUUCCAUCCCCUCUCCCCGAUUCCAUCCCCUCCGAUUCCAUCCCCUCUCCCCGAUUCCAUCCCCUCUCCCCAAUUCCAUCCCCUCUCCCCGAUUCCAUCCCCUCUCCCCAAUUCCAUCCCCUCUCCCUGGUUCCAUCCCCUCUCCCCGGUCCCAUCCCCUCUCCCCGAUCCCAUCCCCUCUCCCCGAUUCCAUCCCCUCUCCCCCAUUCCAUCCCCUCUUCCCGAUUCCAUCCCCUCUCCCCGAUUCCCUCCCCUCUCCCCGAUUCCAUCCCCUCUCCCCCAUUCCAUCCCCUCUCCCCCAUUCCAUCCCCUCUCCCCCAUUCCAUUUCUCUCCGCCAUUCCAUCCCCUCUCCCCCAUUCCACCCCCCUCUCCCCUAUUCCAUCCCCUCUCCCCCAUUCCACCCCCCUUUCCCCCAUUCCACCCCCCUUCCUCCCAUCGCCCAGGAGCCCAGCCAAGUCCUACCAGUUGCCACCCAGCUGUUGCUAUCCUGGCAUCUGCUCACACCGCUGCUCCUGCUGCUCCAGCCGCAUCUAAGACUGCAGCGGCGAGUUCUAGUGAUCAGAGUAGCUGCACACGCUGUGAAGGGAGUUAUAAUAUCCCUCUGAGAGAAGAAGUGUCUACCCACGGUGCAGGGAGCUAUAAGAUCCUCUCCACUCAUACAUUCCACCAGUCCACGAUUCUCGAGCUCGACUCUUUCCAUCCGCACCUCACUCGCCCCUCCUGCCACCACUGUCACGAUGAUCACCACAAUCUCCCUCAUUGCCACCGCUGCGAUUGCCACCAUUCCCACUGCUGCUCGCACAAGAGCGAGCAGGAAGGCGGGGAUGCAGCGGCACACAGUAGCUCUCGUUGUGAGGCGUCUCAUAACGUGCAAAGUCAUGCCGAGAGCAAUGCCGGUGGGGGUUAUUUGAGAGGCGGUUCAGAGGAGGAAGUGCAUUGGGGCAAAACGGACGAACUCGCUCUGAUGCUGCUGGUAAGGAU